AUGUGCUCUGGAUAUCCUGAAGCUACAUGUAUCUCAAGGGAUAACUGGCAUAAACGCCGCAAGACCGGUGGCAAACGCAAGCCCUACCACAAGAAGAGGAAGUAUGAGCUCGGUCGUCCUCCUGCAAACACAAAGAUUGGACCUCGUCGUAUCCACACGGUGAGGGUUCGUGGUGGGAACAAGAAGUACCGUGCUCUGAGGUUGGAUGUUGGAAACUUCUCAUGGGGCUCUGAGUGCUGCACACGCAAGACCAGGAUCAUCGAUGUGGUCUACAAUGCCUCCAACAACGAACUGGUCAGAACCAAGACCCUGGUGAAGAACUGCUCACUACGCCACUCCUCUCGGACGCAAGAAGGGAGCCAAGCUGGUAUCUCAAGGGAUAACUGGCACAAACGCCGCAAGACCGGUGGCAAACGCAAGCCCUACCACAAGAGGAAGUAUGAGCUUGGUCGUCCUCCUGCAAACACAAAGAUUGGACCUCGUCGUAUCCACACGGUGAGGGUUCGUGGUGGGAACAAGAAGUACCGUGCUCUGAGGUUGGAUGUUGGAAACUUCUCAUGGGGCUCUGAGUGCUGCACACGCAAGACCAGGAUCAUCGAUGUGGUCUACAAUGCCUCCAACAACGAGCUGGUCAGAACCAAGACCCUGGUGAAGAACUGCAUCCUCCUUAUCGACAGCCUUCCCUUCAGGCAGUGGUAUGAGGCUCACUACGCCACUCCUCUGGGACGCAAGAAGGGAGCCAAGCUGAGUCCUGAGGAGGAAGAAGUCCUGAACAAGAAGAGGUCAAAGAAGACCCAGAAGAAGUAUGACGAGCGCAAAAAGACUGCCAAGAUCAGCACUCUCCUGGAGGAGCAGUUCCAGCAGGGAAAGCUUCUUGCGUGCAUCGCCUCCAGACCUGGCCAGUGCGGCAGGGCAGACGGCUACAUCCUGGAGGGCAAAGAGCUUGAGUUCUACCUGAGGAAGAUCAAGGCCAAGAAAGGCAAAUAGAUGUACAGCUGUUUGAUACUUCAAUAAAAUCCAAAUGCCCCA